GGUGCGUGGGCCACGUCAGGCAGCCGUGCGAGCUGCGCCUGUGGCAUAAGUGAGAAGCUGUUUAUAUACAUAUGGGGGAAGCAAAAAUGUCAGAUGAUAUCAAGAAAAGGUUUGAUUUUCCAAAUUCUCUUAUCCAGUCACAGGCUGUAGGUCAUCUUAUUGCUGCUGUCCUAAAAGAACAUGGCAGUUCAGAAAAGAUACAUCAAACCACGAAUCAGACGGCUGCCUUGAACUUGCUGUGGGAGAAGUGCUGCAGUGACAGUGUGGUGGUUCGAACAGCCUGCUGCGAGGGUCUGGUGGCACUUGUUGCUCAGGGUCAUGCAGAGUUCAACUAUGUUCUCAAUGGGAUACUCAACCUGAUUCCUUCCACCAGGAAUAUGCCUGGUUUGAUAAAAGCCCUUAUGAAAUUAUUACAAAUACAAGCACUAAAGGAAGGACAGAGUGGGGAGAAGGACAUUCGGGAUAUAUAUACUAUCAGAAAUCAUCCUCAGCCUUUGAUCACCGUGCUUGAACACAGGCCUGAUUGCUGGCCACUACUCCUGCAGCAGCUGACAGCUUUCUUCCAGCAGUGCCCUGAAAGGUCAGAAGUUUCAUUUAUUCAAAUAAUGGCACCAUUCCUGUGGUAUCUCUAUUGUGAACCAUCCCAGUUACAAGACUAUGCUAAGCUCCGGCUGUCCCUGCUCAAAGUCUUACUUCAACCCAGAGGUCUUUGUGAUGAAGCACAGCCUGCAGUGCUGGAACAGCACAUACUUCAGCUGUGCUGUAACAUGAUCCCAUGCUUGCAGAUGAAAGAUCUGACUCAGACAACAGAGAUGAUGCUGUUUGUUGAGGAAGUGUAUCUAAGCCUUCUGCGCCAUCCUGUGUUCUGGAAAAGUCAGCUUACCCAACUCAUCCUUCAGCUGCUGUGUAUCUGUGAAGUCAGUUUAAAGAUAACUGGGGAAUGUUCAUCGUUAAUUCAACUUUUAGAGCGCAGCAUUGAACUUCUUGGAGAGGAUUUUCCUGUCAAAUUGGUCCUUAUUGGAAUUGCUCUCCUACUUCUACAGACACCAGCAAGCCAACAGAAGCCAAUGUUAAACCUAGCUUUGAAGCUCCUCUUCCUUGCUGAGGGUCAGAAAAUCCCAAAGGCAUCCCUGCUGCUCAUGGUGCCUCUUCUGCAGAUACUGUCUUCUACCGCCCUGGAAGACUGUUUGGCCACAGGAGAAGAAGGUCCCUCCAGGCAACAGUUGGCUCUGAAUCUUUUGGAAGCGCUGCAGAGGGAAUGUUGUAGAGAAGACCACCACAUGGUACCUGUGUGGGCUCUAUGUUCCAAACACACCUAUCAAUUCAGCUCGGCUCACCCUCACCAAGGCCCAGAGACUCAGCCACCACAGCUGAGCGCAGUGAACAGGCAGUACGGGCUGGCGAUGACGGCGAUGAUGGCGAUGACGGCGAUGAUGGCGAUGAUGAGAUCGCCUGAGGAAAGAGCCACAAUUCAUUCCCUCAGUGAGCUCAUCAUAGAGUUAAAGAUACAAACAUGGACCCUCCACAUCAGCACAGAGCAUUCUCUGCUCGAGGUACCAAAUCUGAUUCCAGUUUUGAUGUUCAAAUUGGGAAGACCAUUAGACCCUAUACUAUACAAUGACAUAUUGUAUACUUUACCUACACUUGGUGUUCACAAGGUAUGCAUAGGGCAGAUUCUGCGGGUAAUUCAACUGCUUGGAACCACUCCACGACUAAGAGCUGUCACAUUGCGCCUGCUGACAUCUCUUUGGGAAAAGCAGGAUCGUGUGUACCCUGAACUGCAGCGUUUCAUGGCCAUGUCUGAUGUGCCCUCUCUCUCUGUGAGCAAGGAGCUCCAGUGGGAGAAGCUGAUCGCAAAGGCUGCGUCCAUCAGAGAUAUAUGUAAACAGAGGCCCUAUCAGCAUGGUGCAGACAUGUUGGCAGCCAUUUCUCAGGUGUUGAAUGAAUGCACCAAGCCUGAUCAAGCUACCCCAGCUGCCUUGGUGUUACAAGGUCUUCAUGCACUCUGCCAGGCUGAGGUGGUUUGCAUUCGCUCCACUUGGAAUGCUCUUUCUCCAAAGUUGAGUUGUGACACGAGACCCCUCAUAUUGAAGACCUUGAGUGAACUGUUUUCUCUGGUUCCUUCCUUAACAGUCAACACAGCUGAAUAUGAGAAUUUUAAAGUCCAAGUCCUCAGCUUCCUCUGGACUCACACUCAAAACAAGGAUCCCAUUGUAGCAAGUGCUGCAUAUAAAUCUCUGUCUCACUUCAACACAGGAGAACACACCAUUCUUCACUUGCCGGAAAAGAUAAGGCCAGAAGUGCCUGUUCCUGAUGAGGUGGAUGAAGAGGAAGCUGUGGACCUUUCCAUUCCUGGCCCUUGCUAUCUGAGACUGUUGACAAUCACUGCUCCUUCCGUUUUACCAGCCUUGGAAGAAUUCUUUACAUCCCUUGUGAAACAAGAGAUGGUAAAUAUGCCCCGUGGAAUAUAUCAUUCUGCAUUGAAAGGAGGCAUCCGAUCAGACCAAGGGAAAACGGUAGCAGGAAUCCCCAAUUUUAUAUUGAAGAUGUAUGAAACAAACAAGCAACCAGGGUUGAAACCUGGCCUUGCAGGUGGCAUGCUGUUUUGCUAUGAUGUUGCUAUGUAUCAGAGUAAAGAUGGCAAGCCCCUGAAUCGGCUGAUGGCCAGUAGAGGGCGAAGCUUCAAGCAGACAUCACUGGCCCUUGUCCAUGAAGUCCAUGUCCAGCUGUCAGAAUGGCACCGGGCACUCUUUCUUCCACAGGCCUGGCUUGCAUAUAUGACUCGAGCUUACCAUGCUGUUUUACAGGGAAGGAUAGCAGAGCUGGAGCUGCAGUUACAGCAUGGCAAAGAAGGACCCGAGGAGGUGCAGUACAAGCGCAGCACAGCCUGGCUCUGGGUCAGAGACAUGCUGACUGAUGAGAUCACCAAGACAGCUGCAAAGGAGAGUCCGGUGGUCAAAGGGAAUGCAUUGUUGGCCUUGAGCAGCCUUGCUGUCGUGGUGUCCAAGCACGAAGCUAGCCUUUCCUCAGAUUCUGAUGGAGUCUUGGAGGUUCAACCUAAUUUCCUUCCAGUGAAAGAGUGGGUUUCCAUGGUGCUUAAUACCCUCCUGGUCAUUGUGGAUAGCCAUUACCGCCCCAGAGGACAGCUCUUUUCCUGCUUUUAUCAUAAGUCCUAUUCCGGUGAGAACACGGCAAGCGCCAUGGUGCGCUCCGCCGCCGCCUCGGCUCUGUCUCUCCUGGUACCGGUUUUCAUUAUCUCUUGCAAAGAGAAGGUUGAGGAAAUCCUGAGCAUGCUGACUGCCAGGUUACCUGGGAAACCAAGUGCUGAUGAAUCUCAAGCCGUGCAAAUCCACAUGGGCCUUGCUUUGGGGAUGUUUCUCUCUCGCUUGUGUGAAGAGAAACUCAGUGACAUGUCUGGUCAGCAGAUGAACCUUCUUCUGAUGAAAUCCUUGGAUGCCCUGGAAAACUGCUGUUUUGACCCUAGUCUUGAAUACAACACCGGCUGUGUGUUGGGAGUUGGACUUGCCCUGUCCCUCAUGAGCCACAGCAGCCACACGGAGUCACGAGUUCAUGUGGCAGCAUCUCUGCGGAAGCUGUCUGCCUACCUAGAUGACAGUGGGAGCCAGAGCAGGACAUUCCAGGAGGUCCUGGCCUACACACUUAGCUGUGUGUGUACAUCAGCGUUCAGUGCUGGCAUUAUCGAGGCUGUGGAGGCUGAAGAUAUUAUGAACAAGCUUCAGCUGUUGGUAGAGAACAACCAGCAGACUUCAGGCUUUGCGCUGGCAUUAGGAAAUCUGGUUCAUGGUUUGUCUGUGUGUGGACAUGGAAAGGCUGAAGACCUGGGUAACAGACUCCUCCCCAACUGGAUUAGAGUUGUCCUGACAGAGGGUGCCUCCACCAUGCUAUGUCUGGCAGCCCUUCACGGUCUGGUGGCAUUGGUGGGAUCGGAUGUGGAUGCCAUGCAGCUAAAGUCAGAAGCCAUCCAGAAUGCCCAUUUUCAAGCGAGACUUAAUGAAGUCAUUAGAACCUUAACUGAGGUCAUCAAUGUCUCGGGGGUGAUUGGUCUUCAAUCAAAUGCAAUAUGGCUUCUAGGACAUCUUCAUCUAUCUACCUUGUCUUCAAAUCAAAGCAGAACUUCUGUUCCUACUGACUACAGCUAUUUGCCUGAAGGCAGUUUUCUUAGAGCAGCCAUUGGCUUCUUCGUUACAGGAGGGAAAAAAGGUCCUGAAGCUGUGCCUCCCUCUCUUCUCAAAGUAGUGAUGAGACCCAUAGCAGCUGUUGGCGAAAGCUCCCAGUAUCCUCCUGCAAACUUGGCUGCACUGCUCUCUCCACUUAUGAGGCUAAACUUUGGUGAGGAGAUCCAGCAACUGUGCCUUGAGAUUGCUGUGACUCAGGCAUCAUCAUCGCAGAGCGCAGCUGCACUGCUGGGCUUGUGGGUGACGCCGCCACUGCUCCAUGGUCUGAGCCUGAGUACCAAGAAAUACCUCCUGGUGUCUAUGCCUCUGUGGGUAAAGCAUGUCUCUGACGAACAGAUCCAAGGUUUUGUUGAAAACCUAAUAGUGGCAGUUUUUAAAGCAGCUUCCCCACCUAGCCAUCCCGAGUUGUGCCCAAGUGCCUUACAGGGUCUGAGCCAGGCCAUGAAACUGCCCAGCCCUUCCCACCACCUCUGGAGUCUGCUCUGUGAUGCUACUGGGAGAAUUUUUGACCUUCUGCCAAAUAGGAUUCGGAGAAGUGAUCUCGAGCUGUACAUCAGUGUAGCCAAGUGCCUCUCGGAGAUGACUGAUGAAGGUGCCAACCAGCUUUCCCGGAUUACCCAGGACAACAUAGAAAAGGCUGCCUUUGUCAAACUGUACUUAGUCUCUCAAGGACGACUCCCCUUGAUGAGCCUCACUGACCUGAUCACUGCUGCUGUGCAGCACCAGGAGAAAGAGGUUCUGGCCUGGAUGAUUCUGCAUGGCUUAUACCAGGCACGCAUUGUGAGCCAUGCCAACACAGGUGUGUUGAAGAGAAUGGAGUGGCUCUUGGAAUUGAUGGGUUAUAUGAGAAACCUUGCCCACCAGCCAGCAGCUGUUCAGAGUGUGGCUCUUGAUGAGGCUUUGGACUUCUUGCUGCUGAUAUUUGCAGCUACUGUGGUGGCUUGGGCAGACCAUGAGGCCCCACUUCUCCUUGGCCUCAGUGCCAGUUGGUUGUCAUUGCCUCGGGAGAAUGGGCCUGGUGGGCCAGCAGCAGCCUUGCUUGGCAAGAGUCCGAUGCAUAGAGUCACUGUGCAAGAGGUUCUCACUCUCCUUCCCAGUAGCAUGCUAUUGCUGCUACAGAAAGAGCCGUGGAAAGAACAGACCCAGAAGUUCAUUGACUGGCUAUUUAGUGUCAUGGAAAUUCCUAAUGAAGCCUUUGCAGCAAAGUCCAAGGAUCUUUUGAAAGCCACCCUGCUGUCCUUGAGAGUUCUUCCAGAGUUUAAGAAGAAAGCGGUUUGGACCAGAGCAUAUGGCUGGUGACAUUCACAGGAACCAGCAGUAUUCCCUGCUGAAUGAGGCAGACCAGAUAAACAGAAGUUUUCCAUGACUGGUGUCUGAGAUUGGUGAGAAUUGAUCCUCCCAGUUAGAGGUCAUGAGAAGGUGGCUCCAUACUGGCAUCUCAACUUGUGUGUGGCCAGGAAAGGGGUGCAUUACUUGGGUACUCGGGUAUUUGAAACUGAAAUAAGAACAUGCCUUCUGUAUGUCCUGAGUUCAUUGUAAAAAUUUUCUUUGUGAAAACUGAAUUAUAUUUUCUCUCCCUUAAAUUCUAGUAAAAUAAUCUUGUGAAAUUUG